AUGGCAAUUUCAGAUCUUCCACAAUCUAUGAAAGCAAUCGUCUUUCAGCAGGCAAACGAACGACUUGCAGUCACUGAAAAACCACUUCCAGAGCUCGCUCCUGGCGACCUACUUGUGAAGGUGGUUGCUGCUAGCCUCUGCGCAUCUGACAUUGUCCCAUGGCGAGGGUUCCUAGGCGAUCCCAAAGGUAUCGUACCGGGACAUGAAGGCGUUGGGAUCGUGGUCAAAGGUGCGGAUUACAUCUGUAAGCGCGGAUGGUUCGACGCGACUGACAGCAGCGUCCGCAAUUUAGUCGAAGAACCUGUUCGCGGCUUUAAGGUGGGAGAUAGGGUGGGCUUCGUGAACGCGAUUCGCACCUGUGGCUCCUGCGCUGCAUGUCUAGCGGGUCAUGGGCAAUGUUGCGAGAACGGCAAGAAGAAUCAAGGAUUCCAUCUGGACGGUUUCUUUGCUCAAUAUACUGUCGUCGAUUGGCAAUUUGCUGUCAAGAUCCACGACGGCUUACCGCUGGAGAAGCUAUCACCACUCUUCUGUGCCGGAAUCACGGCGUACGGUGCCGUCAAGAAGGUUGACGCCCCAGGUCGCGGGUACCUGGGUGUCUUUGGGCUGGGAGGGGUGGGUACCUUAGUUGUGCGCUUUGCCGUUGCCCUGGGAUAUACCGUCAUCGGGUUCGAUGUCUCACCCACAGCGAGGUCGUCUGCGUCCAAUUACGGGGCAACAGAGGUCGUAGACCCUUCCGACCUCCAAUCUACAAAGCAGGCAGUUGAGAAGAUCACGAACGGGAAAGGCUUGGAUGGAGCAGUGGUUGCAGUAGGAUCACAGGCUGCAUACGAAGGUGCGUUGGAAACUAUCGGGUUUGGGAAGACCCUCGUCACAGUCGGCGUUCCACAUGGACCAAUCCAAUUCAACCUUCUGCCUAUGAUUCAGAAGAUGGUAGUGGUGAAAGGAACUCAAACUGGGUGUCCUCUGGAGCUGCGGGAGAUGCUGGACGUUGUUCAAAGACAUAGAAUCAUCCCUGAGGUGGAAAUUAGUGAUUUAGAAGCGGUGCCAGAUCUCUUUGCGAAAUUGGUCGAGGGCAAAACAACUACCAAGCUUGGUGUCAGGAUGGAUUGA